AUGCAGAGAAAAGCUUUGAAGCAGCUAGGCAAGGUCACCCAAUGGACCAACGAAAAGGUAUUUUCUGGCGAGAAGACGCAACUCUCAUCUGAAUUCACCGAGUUUGAAAGAGAUGUGGAAGUCCGCAAAACAGGUAUCGAGCGCCUCCACGCCACCUCGAUCCCUUUUUUCCAGCAGAUCACAAAAGUGAAACCCACCGCGGAUCCAUCUCCUCCGGCAGGUUCGGGGAAAGAAAAAAUCUUACAUACCGAGGCUUUGGGUUUGGUCAUGAUUGACUAUGGUGAGACGUUGGGCGGAGGGUACGGAGAAGCAUUGGAAAAGUAUGGUAGAGCGAGAUGUAAGCUCGCUGCUACUCAGGAAGAGUUUGGGCAAAGAUUGAGUGAAGGGUACAUCGCCGGUAUUGAGGGAGCUCUGGCAACGGUCACUGAAUACAAAGCCAUGAGAAAAAAGUUAGAUUCAAGACGCCUCGCCCUUGAUUCUGCUCUCAACAAUUUGAACAAGAGCAAGAAAGACAAGCACACCAUGGCGCUGGAAGCCGAGGUAGAGAAUGCUCAGCAACGAUUCUCCGAGAUAGAGGAAGAGACACAAGUUCGCAUGAAAGCCAUCGAGGAGAAUGAGGAGCAACAGUUCAUGGAUCUGGUAGAUCUAUUGGAAGCCGAAGUGGAGUACUUCGCCAAAUGUAGAGAUAUCUUAGAAGAUCUAAAAGAUCAAUGGCCGUCAGGUCCAGAUGCUGGAGGACGGCCUCGAGCGAGAUCGAAUGCAUCAGCACGGUCAUUCACCCGCACGGCCGCCCGAGGCUUCUCGUCUAGACCUCCUGCCAACUCAGACGAGGACGCCGUUACCCCAAAUCGAUCACGGUCGCAAAGCAACGCCUCAUCGAUUGGUAAAGGAAAAGAAAAAAGAUCUAUGCUUCCGUCCUUCGGCUCUUUAGGCAAGAAGAGUGGAUUGUCGAACGUCGCCAACGUGGCGUCGAUGAGGAAACCUUUCAAAAGUGACAAGUAUGGUAAUUUGGAUGAAGAUGAAAGACCCUCGCUUCAAUCUGAGGAUGACGACAAUGACUCUCUUGAUAGCUACAGUCGAGGUGCCAAUGGUCGUGCUCGGUCAUCUACCAUCACAAGUUCCCGCACUAUCGCAUCCGACCAUCAAGUGCCUCCUCCUUCCAUGCGACGUACUCAGACCACACCUGCGAACCCGCAAGCGAGAUAUGUUAAAGCUCUGUUCGAUUUUAACGGUGAAGCGGCGGACGAACUCCAAAUCCGUACCGGGCAGAUUAUUGAGGUCAAAUCUGAAGUAUCGAGCGAUUGGUGGAUAGGUGAAUGUGAAGGUCGAUCUGGUUUAUUUCCCAAAGCAUAUACAGACGAAUAUGUCCCCUCACCGCAAACCGCAGUCCCUAUGCGACGAACGUUACCCCCACCAGCUAACCUCUCUCGAUCAAUACCUCAACCACUAAUGGCAACUUCACCGCCGGACGAAUAUCCAGACACUGAAUCUGAUGUCUCUCAUGGUUUGAGCGAUAAUGAUCAUCAUGGAACCGCUCUGUUAGCUUCAGGAGCACAACCACCGCCAAUUAAAUCUUCCAUCAAGAAACCUGCUCCACCUCCACCUCCUUCACGUCGAUCUCAAUCUUCCACAAAUCUCUCCACCACGUUACUUGCCCCACCAAGACCAGGUUUCAGAUCUCGCUCAUCUACAUUGUCAAAGCAACCACAACUGCGUUCUUCACCCGAAGCCUCCCCUUUUGCCGGAUCGGAAGAUGAAGAGUACCUUUCUACUCAAGAUGUCGCGAUGGGAACUUGUGCCACUUGCGGUUGUGAUGAGUUUACGCAAAAUGUUUUCAAAGCAAAAGGGACAUGCUCGACUUGUUUCCAUCAACAUUGA